AUGGUGCCCACCAAAGGUAUGGCUUUCCCUACAUACGACGAUCCAUACAACUUCUACAAGACAUAUGCAUAUCACGCUGGUUUUGACAUCAAGAAGAGCCGCACGCACAAAUCGAUUCACGAGGUGUGUUGUACGAGAGAGGGCAAGCAUGUGUCAAAGGUCGCAGAUUGUGAUAGAGAACGGAAGAAACCAUCCAAGAAAAUGGGGUGCAAGGCUUAUGUGAAGCUGAGGCACAACUAUGACGGUGGCGUGCUCUCAUCGGUACAGUAUGAUGUGGUCGAGCUACAGCACAACCACCCUCUAACGCCAUCUCCUUCGGCGGUAAAGCCCAUGCGUGCACAUAAGAAUCAUGAUGACACGGCUAUGAAGAUUGUGGACAUAAUGCAAGAAAGUCACGUGCCGCAAAGCUGUAUCAUGGGCGUUCUAUAUGAUCUUCAUGGAGGCCUGGACAAAAUCCCAUUCACGACCCGCGACGUAGAGAACAGGAAAGCAGCCAAUGUCCGGAUGGAAAAUGCAAACGACAUCAACAAGCUGUUGGAGUUUUUCAACGACAGCCAAGCUGAAUUUGCCGACUUUGGAGAUGCGGUAACGUUCGACACCACGUACAAAACUAAUAUUUACGAAAUGCCACUUGCAAUGUUUGUUGGUGCAAACCACCACAUGCAGAGCACACUGUUUGGAUGUGUCUUGCUCAGAGACGAAAAGGCGGAGUCAUUUGAGUGGUUAUUCAACACCUUCAACAAGUGCAUGGCGAAUUUCCCUGCUCCGCGCUGCAUCCUGACAGAUCAAGAUCCUGCAAUGGCUGUCGCUGUUGGAAGGGAGAAGUGGGUGCCUGCGUUCUUCAGGAAGGACUACUGCGGGAGGAUGACGUCCACGCAGCGCAGUGAGAGCAUGAACAAGAAGGAGAAGGAGGCUGCUGAAACAAGAGCAUGCUCGGGAAAGCCAAUGUUGGCUGUGAGGUGGCCAUUUGUUAUACAGAUGUCGAGACUGUACACCAGGGCGGCUUUCAGAUUGUUUGAGGAGGCGCUACAGGACAGCACCGACUUGAGGAUUUCACAAGACCACGAUUUCCGCAACGGGUGGAUAGUAUCACACACCAAACGCAUGUUUUGCACACACAUGCUCCGGGCAUUUGUUCAUGUACAACUUGAGAAGAUACCCGCUGCCUACAUCCUAAAGAGGUACACAAAGAAAGUGAAGAGCGACGUGCCAUUUGACAGGCAUGACCGAGAGGCAACUGGACCGAUGGUGUUCAAGAAAAUUACAGGACAAACAUGA